CCGAGGUUUAAGCCUCCUGUCAGCCUAACCUUUUUCUGGUGAAAACCAAGGUUUAAGCCUCUAAUGAAAAUCUUCUGAGCUUCACAUAGAUUAUACAUACUCAAACUAAUUUUCCAAAUUCUUGGUUUAUCAAACCCACUUCUAUCUUUUUGGCAGUGAUGUAGAGCAGCCAAAGUUUGCACCUUUGCUGUUUUAGCUUGAUUUUCCAUGUGUGUUUUAUCUGCCAGGUCAGUUUCUGCUAAUUUUGUUAAAAAGUUUCAAUUUUUACAAUUUAAUUUGAUUUCUGCUGUUGCCCAGUUGAGUUCUGAUGUUUCUGAUUCAUGUUCUGAUGAAGAAUGUGAUAAUUUCAGUAAGUGUGAAGUAGUGAAUAAGAAAGACUUGAUUUUGGAUACUUUUGGUGUUACUUCACAUUUGAGGAGUUUGAGGGGAAGCCCUUGUCUUGCAUUGUCGUAUUUUUAUCGAAUAAGAGAAGAUGGAUUUAGACAUAGUGUUUGGACUUAUAUGGCUAUAAUCAGGAUUUUGUGUUAUUGGGGUAUGUUUGGAGAAGUGGAUUCUGUUUUAUUAGAGGUUAUAGAGUCGAAAGUUGGGGAUUUGGGUUUUGGGGUGGCGGAAUUGUUUGAUGCGUUAGUGGAGGAGCUUAAGGCUGAGAGACCUAAGGCGUUGGUUCGGGCACUUGAUGCAUUGAUUAAGGUGCAUGUUGUUCUACAGAGGUUUGAUGAUGCUACUGAUUAUCUUUUGAAAGCUAGUAGUCGUGGUCUUGUGCCAAGUAUACUGACAUGUAACUUUCUUAUGAAUCGGCUGAUUGAGGCUGGUAAAGGAGAUAUGGCUGCUGCCGUAUUUCAAAAUUUGGAGUGUUUUCAGUUGAGGCCUAAUGUUUAUUCAUAUUGUAUUAUGAUAAAAGCGCUUUUUCAGAAGGGUGAUUUGGAGGGUGCUGUUAAUGUGUUGCAGAAAAUGGAGGAAGUUGGAGUGGUGCCUGAUGCUUUUACCUACUCCACGUGUAUAGAAGGUCUUUGUUUGCAUGGAGGAUCAGAUUUAGGAUAUAAGAUACUGCAGGCAUGGAUAAGCAGUAAGGCAGCUAUAGAUGUUUACACUUAUUGUGUUGUAAUCCGUGGAUUUGUUAAUGAUAAAAAGAUGAUAGAAGCCGAGGGUGUCUUGCUUGAUAUGGAAGAAGCAGGUAUUGAUCCUGAUGUAUACUGUUAUGGGGCCAUGCUUCAGGGGUAUUGUGAGGCUGGUAAUGUUUUCAGAUCCUUGUUACUUUAUGGUAAAAUGAUGAAAAAGGGUAUUGAGACUAACUGUGUUAUUGUUAAUUUUGUCCUUAAAUGCUUGUGCCGGGCAGGCUUCAUUAUAGAUGCAGUGCACAAGUUCAUAUAUUUCAGGGAUAUAGGAAUUGUUUUAGAUAAUGUUGUUCAUAAUACUAUGAUUCAUGAGCUGUGCAAACUGGGAAAGCUAGAAGAAGCUAUGGAUUUAUUCAAUGAGAUGAAGAUAAACACUGUGGUCCCUGAUAUUGUCCACUACACAUCUCUAAUUAAUGCCUACUUCCUUCACCAAAAACCUGGUAAAGCCAUAUAUCUUUUUGAAGAAAUGAUGGAAAUGGGUAUAAAACCCGAUAUUGUUACUUACAAUGUGCUUGCUGGUGGGUUAUCGAGAAACGGGCUUGUUCGACAAGCCCUUGGUGUUUUGGAUCUUAUGAGAACUCAGGGCUUAGAACCUACAAUUUUCACAUGCAAUGCAAUCAUUGAAGGCUUAUGUGCAGGAGGAAAGGUGAAGGAAGCUGAAUCAUUUUUUCGUAGUCUGAAAGACAAGGGGCUAGAUAAUUAUGCUGCUGCAAUGAUAAAUGGGUACUGUGAUGCAAAUAUGACAAGAGAUGCUUAUAAGUUAUAUGUCUCUUUGACCAGGCGAGGUAUCAUAGUGGACAAGAAGUCCUGCUUAACACUUCUGGAUAACCUUUGUUUAGAUGGAGCAUCCAGAGAAGCUCUCAUGGUGUUUAAGGACAUUUUGGUUUCAGAUGGUAUCCCUUGUCAGGUGAUCUGCGGGAAACUCAUUGCCGAGUUAUGUCGCGCUGAAGAUAUGAAAAACGCACAAUGGGUAUUUAAUUCUAUGGUUUUGGAAGGAGUACUUCCAGAUGUCAUCAACUACACAAUCAUGUUGAAUGGUUAUUGCAGAUUAAAUUGCCUGAAACAGGCUUGUGAUCUUUUUAGUGAUAUGAAAGAGCAGGGAAUUAAACCUGAUAUCAUCACUUACACGGUCCUGAUUGAUGGGCAUUCUGAUAUGAAGUUAAAAAAGGCUCAGAAGUUUGAUAAAGACCCUGCAAAUGCUUUGACGUUUUGGAGGGAGAUGAACGAAAUAGGGUUGAAUCCUGAUAUAAAGUGUUACACUGCUUUGAUUGAAAAUCAUCGCAGGCCAAACAACAUUCAAGAUGCUAUUUGCCUUUUUGGUGAAAUGAUGGAUAGAGGUCUGGAACCAAAUACUGUGACAUACAGAGCUUUACUUGGUCGCUAUAUUCGUUGGGGUGAUGUAGAUAGGGCUUUAAAUCUGUUCCUGAGAUGUUAAUUAAUGGGUUAAUACCAGAUAUCCGAUACCAUGUUAAUAUUUAACAGGCUAUGUUGAUGGCCAAGAAAUUCAGUCUAAUAGCUAAGAAACUUCAGCUAUGGCAUGAAGUCUUCUGAUUCUUUCAGGUUGAAGGAAUAUGCAAAAUUUUGAGUCAAAGCUGUUGCAUACUUUCUUCAGGACUUGUCAAUGCAAUAUGUGAUUCACUACUUAUGGAAGAUCUUCCAACACAUAGAAUUAAACGUUUUGGUGUGUUGCAUCUAGACUACUUGAAGCUGAUUCUAUUUCCGUACCUGCAGGACUGGUGUCUUUCUCAUCAUCUGCAAGGUGUUUGGGUCUGGCAAAUUUUCAUAAUAGCCGGUUACAACAGAAUUCUGCAAGAACAGUUUUCAAUGAACUCUGUAACGCUUAAUCUAAUAUAGCUGUUUUGGACCUUUCAGAGAACAAUAUUUGGCUGGCUUUCUCACUUAAAAGGGAAACCUUCAUGUCAUUUACAUUUAGACCCAGUAAUAUGUACUUUGAAGUUACUGUGUGCGCUCAAUCUAAGGAAAAAUAAUCUACAGAAAGAUGAUGCAUGUGGUCUUAUAACUAUGCAUGGAUUUAAAUGCCAAAAUUGGGGAAACUUGAUACAUUCAUCUGUAUUCUAUAUAUGAAUUCUUUUAGGUGUUUUCUUUCAAUGUCUGACCUCCAGGGGGGGGGGGGGGACUAUUUGAAUGAUAUUGGGAUCAAGAUGCACAAGAGCAACUCACACAAGAGAAAAUUCCGGAGGUGUGGGAGCUGCAAAUUUAUGUCGUAGCUCCUUGUAUUGGCCCCUGAACUCUUCAAAUUGAUGUAAGUUACAAUGUUUUGCCUGCUGAAGCUAUGUCUAUCAUAGGUUCUUCUCUGGAAACUGCAAAAGGCGAUCAGGAUCAGGCGCUCCCUAGUCCCUACGUGGCUCUCACUCUCCUAUUAACAUACCACGUUUCACUUCCUGCGAAGAACUUCAACCCUACAAAUGCUUGAUAUCAUAAUGAUUAAAAUUCAGCUAGCCGAAUGGGAGGUCCACAUGGAAGAAUGUCUUCGAGCAAUAGUUAUUCCUAUGAGAACAAAAUUCUCUAAGUAUUGGGAUGAAUGUUGUGUGUGUUUAGCAGUGGCUGUGAUUCUCGACCCUAGGUACAAGAUGGAUAUCACUGAGUACUAUUAUGAUAAGCUUUAUGGUGAAGAAUUUGCUUAUAUUCAUGUCCAAAAAAUAAAAUCAUCUUUCUUUGAUCUUUAUAUCGAGUAUGGAGGCAGGGUUGUUUCAUCUCAAAGUUCAAUAAUUGAUGGCGGAUAUGAUGAAUUGAUCUCUAAUCAUUUUGCAUCUGAAGCUACAUCACAAAGGAACAAAUUGAACGACUUUAAAAGGUGGAGACAAAGAGAAAGAGAAUCUGGCUGCCAUUAUAUUCCAAAGUCAGAGUUUGAUCAGUACCUUGAUGAGGAAACACAUCCUUGUACUAAUUUUUUUUUGAUAUUUUGACAUGGUGGUCAGUAAAUAGUAGCAGAUCUCCAACAAUUUCUAAGAUUGUGCGAGAUGUUUUAGCUGUUCCGGCUACAACCGUUGCAUCGGAAUGAACUUCUAGUAUAGAUGGUAGAGUGAUUGAUGAAUCAUGUUUUUGUUUACUUUCAGAUAUAGUGGAAGCUUUGGUAUGCACUGCUGAUUGGAUUCCAUCAAGAAAGUGCAAAAACUUGUCUGAGACACUUCCAAAUUAGAGAGCGGAAGCUUAAAAAAAAGCUUCUUGAUAAUGAAUAUAAAUAAGCACAGGGAGCUAAGGUUCGCCAUUUGGUCGUGGAAUCUGCAACACCUCCUCAAUCACUUGGUUAUCUAUUCAGGACAUUUCUACUGAUUUUGCUAUUCGAAAACUGAGGAACAGGCAAUACUAUGUGCUUCCUGCAGAAGUAUUAAGCAACUUAACCAUUGUUUUCCUAGUCACUGUGCUACACUCUUUUUUGAAGGUUCCACAAGGAUGGCCAAAAAAGUGUUCUGGUUGUAUUUUUGUUAAUCACAUGAACUUCCAGACUUUACCACUUUUUUUUUUUUUUUUUUGAAAAGCAUACAUAUAUCUUAUCUAUACUAGCAUGAAUUUGGAGUCA